UGAAUACUGUAGUAAUCUGCACGUGUGUUCUGUUAUGUCACACGUGUAAUUUGCUGUUCUGAAGGACAGGAGGUUUUUUUUAUGACUUGAGCUAAGGCGGGAGCUGAUAGGGGGGUAGAGAACGAAGAGAUGUCAGCAGCUUUGAUUCCGGUAACUCCAUGUAUGGUUUCUUUGCGGUCGACUAUGAUAUGUGAACUGCGGGCAACGCCAUUUUUCUCGACUUGACGGAAAACGCUGCAUCAUUUGUAUGAUGACCCCUUUUGGUCAAUGAUGAAAUACUAAAUAUAUCAUUGCAAUUUAAUUAUUUAAGGAUAACCGCCACCGAUGAGCUGACUACUUGAAAAUAAGUCUGCUGAUAAAAUAUCAGAAGCUCUGCUGUUGGUUUGAUUACUCCCAAAAUAGAGACUGAAAUCUCACGAUGCUGAAGACGGUUGUUCUUCUAGCCGCCUUUAUGGUCAAUUUUCUUGGAGGAAGUUUGGGGUAUUCUGCUGGAAUUAUACAUCUUGGAUUAUUGAAGAAAUUUCCCGAGUUUUCUUCUGAAGUGGCGUGGGCAGGAUCCCUUUUCACUAGUGUUUUUUGUUUGGCUGGGCCCAUCUCCAGUGCGGUGAUAAAUACCUUGUCCUGCAGAUCUGCUCUCUUUAUUGGGUCAUUGCUUAGCUUUGCUGGGUUCCUGAUAUCAAGUUUCGCACCCAGAAUUGAAAUCAUUCUGCUUUGUUAUGGAAUUGUUGCAGGUAUUGGUCAGUCCAUGGUAUACUCAGCCAGUGUUGUUGUCGUAGGCUACUACUUUCACGAGAAUCCCAGUGUAGCGACAGGGGUGGUGGUAUCAGGAACUGGUGUCGGAGUGACUGUGUUUCCAAUAUUUACAGAAUUCCUCUUGACAACGUACGGAAUCGAUGGCGCUUUUCUUCUUCUGUCCGCAGUGAGUCUACAGUCUUGUGUAUUCAUUAUGUGCAUCAGGACUCAUCAUUUAGAGAGAAGAGGAGGAGAAAGAUCACAUACUUUAUCAUGGCGGAUAAAGAUGAUAGCGGAGGAUGUUUAUGGAAUUUUCUUAAAUCGGGCGUUUUGUUUUCUCUGUAUCAGUAUUUUAUGUUGGAGUACAAGUCUUAAUACGUCAGUACUGUUUCUGCCCCAAUAUUAUAUCAGUACAGGUUCUUCUCAGUGGCAGGCAGCUUUUCUCAUGUCCUUGUAUGGAAUAAUGAACUGUUUGUCCAGAACUAUAACUGGUCUAGCCGCGUCUGAUCCGAAUGUAGAUGGGAAAAUCCUAUAUAUGGGGUCCUACUUUAUCCUUGGUCUGUGUACAUCAUUUCUUCCACUGACUGGGGCUUCAUUUGCUGGAAAGAUUUUCUAUUCCAUAAUUCUUGGAUUGUAUUCUAGCGGAGUUUGGUCGCUUUUAACCACUAUUAGUGUUGAAAUCGUUGGCCUCAAGCAUAUGUCCACAGCUUUUGGUAUUGAAAUGCUCACCAGUGGUGUAGGAUUUCUAUUUGGGCCAAUUAUCGGAGAUAGCGUUAAAACACAAAGUCGAGGUUAUACACACGUUUUCGUGAUCUCUGGAGUUGUGAGAUUGGUCGCUGUUCGUUAUCUUCACCUUUCAUCAAGCAAUUUAUCGUUGAUUGAACCCCAUCAUGUGUACACUACGCGUUCUCGUGCCUGCGGGACACCAAUACAUGUACCUACAUUAGCACGUGCAUGGAUACACGCGACAACAUUUCAUGCAUCUCAGACCUGUUGUCGUCCUUCUAGUAUUUGGUGUCUUUUAUGCGAUGGCGGCAGUGUUUGAGGGUUUGAUGAUACUGACAAUGAGCAAGGCUGAUGUUCAUCACAGCCAACAAAUGGCGAUGAGGAGCAUUGAAACCGAUGUCAUGAUAGGCAAUUCUGAAAGAGAAGCGAUAAACAAUGAUAAUGAGUUGGAUGACGACCAUAGAAAAAAUAUAGAAAUAGAUCGUGAAAGAUGAAAACGAAAUAGAAGAUAAUGAAAUCAAUGCGUGAAAGAGAAACUUAAACCUUGUUGUCAAUUGCAUGAACUUAAUGCCAAAAAAUAUUCAAUAAUAAAAGUUUCAUUGUGGA